AUGAACUACUCCUAAAACAAUUUGAAAACUAAACAAUUGAAGGACAAGGUACUAUCAAUUUAUAUUUUAAGUUUAACCCAUUUUCUAUCUAAUUUGCUAAAGUGAAAAUCUCGAAAUAAAGAACCUGA